AUGGCUUCGAAACGAAAGGGCUCGUUCUCAGCAAACGCGGACGAGCAGCACAUAGAUCCCUCUGAUGAGCUUCUAUUUCACUGUCUGGGAGGCGGCAACGAAGUCGGGAGGUCCUGUCAUAUCAUUCAAUACAAGGGGAAGACGGUUAUGCUUGAUGCCGGGAUGCACCCAGCCAAAGAUGGCUUUGCCGCGCUGCCUUUCUUCGAUGACUUCGACCUGAGUACUGUUGAUAUCCUCCUUAUAAGCCAUUUCCAUUUGGAUCAUUCGGGUUCCCUACCAUAUGUCCUCAGCAAAACGAACUUCAAAGGCCGAGUUUUCAUGACCCAUGCCACCAAGGCCAUUUACAAAUGGCUGAUCCAGGAUAAUGUCCGUGUCAGUAAUACAUCUUCCUCCUCUGAUCAACGAACAAGCCUCUAUACGGAGCAUGACCAUCUCUCGACUCUCCCCAUAAUUGAAACUAUUGAUUUCAAUACCACCCACACGAUCAACAGCAUUCGAAUCACUCCAUUUCCGGCCGGCCAUGUGCUCGGUGCUGCGAUGUUUCUUAUUUCCAUCGCGGGACUUAACAUCCUGUUCACUGGUGACUACUCCAGAGAAGAGGAUCGCCACUUGAUAUCUGCAGAAGUCCCCAAGGGCGUCAAAAUAGACGUCAUGAUAACAGAGUCUACUUUUGGUAUAUCAUCAAAUCCACCUCGACUAGAGCGUGAAGCGGCCCUCAUAAAAUCGGUCACUAGCAUUAUAAAUCGAGGAGGAAGGGUCCUUAUGCCCGUCUUUGCGCUCGGUCGAGCACAGGAGCUGCUCCUGAUCCUGGAUGAAUACUGGAGCCGGCACCCUGAACUACAGAAAGUGCCAAUUUACUAUAUCGGAAAUAUGGCUCGUCGAUGUAUGGUUGUAUACCAAACAUACAUUGGGGCGAUGAAUGAGAACAUAAAGCGGCUCUUCCGCCAGCGCAUGGCUGAAGCUGAAGCCAGAGGCGAUAAGAGCGUUACUGCCGGGCCCUGGGACUUCCGUUUCGUGCGGAGUCUAAGGAACUUGGACCGCUUCGAGGAUGUGGGAGGGUGCGUCAUGCUUGCAUCUCCUGGUAUGCUCCAAACAGGAACUAGCAGAGAACUGUUGGAGCGCUGGGCGCCAAACGAACGGAACGGUGUCAUUAUGACGGGUUACAGCGUCGAGGGUACGAUGGGGAAACAGAUAAUCAACGAGCCCGAGCAGAUCCCGGCUGUUAUGAGUGCUAAAAAUGCCGCCGGCCCUAGUGAUGACCAAAAGAUCAUGAUACAACGAAGAUGCACAGUCGAUGAAAUCAGUUUUGCAGCUCACGUUGAUGGUGUUGAAAACAGGGAAUUCAUUGAAUCUGUUGCUGCUCCUGUUGUGAUUCUUGUUCAUGGAGAAAAACAUCAGAUGAUGAGGUUGAAAUCAAAGCUGUUGAGCUUGAAUGUGGACAAGGAAGUCAAAGUCAAAGUCUACACUCCUGCCAACUGUGACGAGGUUCGCAUCCCAUUUAUGGUUGACAAAGUUGCUAGAGUCGUCGGCCGAUUAGCGGAGACGUCACCCCCAAUGGGACAGGACGACUCUCGGUUAAUGGACGGCGUUCUUGUUCAAAAUGGCUUCAAGUUAUCGAUGAUGGCAUCUGAUGACCUUAGGGAAUAUGCUGGGCUUACCACAACAAUGGUUACGUGCAAACAGUACAUUACCCUCAGUACGGCGAGCAUUGAUCUCAUCCGUUGGGCACUUGAAAGUACUUUUGGCCUGAUCGAAGAGAUCGACCCGCCUUCGACUGAGGACACUAAAAACUCCAAUGGAACCUCAAGCAAGUCUCAGAAUGACUCGAUUAUGAAAAAUGGGGAAGAAGAAGCAGACGAGGAGAUACCGUCCUGCAUAUUAACCACAUAUCUGAUAAUGGGCUGCGUCUUUGUGAGAUAUAACCCACAACGUCGCGAGGUUGAAGUAGAGUGGGAAGGUAAUAUGAUGAACGAUGGAGUUGCUGACGCUGUGAUGGCGGUACUGCUCACUGUAGAGAGCAGCCCGGCAGCUGUUAAACGUUCAAGUAAGAAUAAGCAUUGCCAUAGCCAUGAGCCGCUCCCGAACAACCCCCAUUCCCACCUGACCCCCGAAGAGCGUUUUAUGCGCUUAUGCAUGAUCCUUGAAGCACAGUUUGGCUCCGAAAUCGCUCCAAUUGAACGUCCGAAAGUGAAACGCGGUAGAGGCCCCAACGCGGGUUCCCCAUCCAAUGAAGACGCUGGCAAGGCUGAUACGCCUGAGCUGGAAGGAUCGGAAGAUGAGGAGGAGCUCCAGGAAAUGGAAGAGCUGGAGUUGGGUCGAUUACAUUCCCUCGGGAUACCAGUGCCAGGGGUUGAGAUCAAGGUCGACAACCAUAUCGCCCGGGUGUGGCUCGAAACACUAGAAGUCGAAUGUUCCUACCCGGUCUUGAGGGACCGUGUUAGGGUUGUGGUCGAGAGAGCAGUGGAAACUGUUGCUGACAUGUGGAAUACGAAAGCUGGGAGCGCGAUGCCAGCAAAGACCAUCCCCAACGGGUCUACCACGAUUAAGACGGAGCAAGUUGUCUAG